AUGAUUGUGUCGGGAGGGAGGAUCUUGGGAGGAGGUCGCAAAGGUCUAGCCUGCACCUUCUCUGCUCUGGCAUUAAAAGGGUCCGGACGUACAGAGAUCUAUUGCAAUAUGAAGGUACUUUGCAUUCUUUUCGCAAUAUUGGUGGCAGUGGAUGGCCAUGGACGAUUGUGGGAACCACCUUCACGUUCCACAAUGUUCCGACGUGGGUACAACACCCCACCAAACUACAACGACAAUCAACUUAAUUGUGGUGGCUUUGCGACACAGUGGGGUUAUCCGAACAAAGGAAAAUGUGGCAUAUGUGGGGAUCCGUACAACGGUGCUCGUCGAAACGAGGCUGGAGGAAAAUAUGCCACCGGACUGAUAACCCGGAAGUAUUUGGAGGGUCAGACCGUUGAACUUGACGUAGAAGUAACUGCCAAUCAUUUGGGCUGGUUCGAAUUUCGUGUUUGCCCUAACAACAAUGUGAAAAAAGCCGCAACACAGGAGUGUCUGGACCAGCACGUACUACAGUUGGCCGACGGAAGUGGAACAAAAUAUUACAUCACUAGCGCUGUGGGUCACUACACAAUGAAAUACAAACUUCCAGCUGGACUGACCUGCACACAAUGUGUCCUACAGUGGAAAUGGCACGUCGGAAACAGUUGGGGGACGGACCCCGACGGACGAAGUGGGAUUGGAUAUGGUCCCCAAGAGGAGUUUUAUGGAUGUUCCGACGUCGCAAUACAGACUAGAAGUGACUCGUCUUCCGCGUUGAAACCAGUGGUCACAUCAGUGCAACCUACCACUCCAAAACCCACUACUACCACUCCAAAACCCACUACUACCACUCCAAAACCCACCACCACCACCACUCCAAAACCCACUACUACCACUCCAAAACCCACUACUACCACUCCAAAACCCACUACUACUACCACUCCAAAACCCACUACUACCACUCCAAAACCCACAACUACUACCAUUCCAAAACCGACAUCCACAAAGCACGCAGCGGAAACUACCACUACAGAGAAAACAAUUAGUAAAGGAGAGGCGAUUGCCCAGAGCAGUAAGUGCACAGUAGGUGUAUCGCUUGUAUACUCCUCAGUCCCCGGCAUGUUACACUGGUGUCGGGUGAAUUGUGCUGCAGGAUAUUGUCCCAAGUCCCACUGCACGUGCUUGUAG